CUCUGCGCCAUCACAGCAAGCAUAAACAGACAAUCGAAUUUCACCCCUUUCUUUGCAUUUUCAAGAUUGUUAAAGAAUAAAUACACAUACAUAUAGAGUCUACUAUGGAAAGACCUUCAUCUACCCAUCAUGACCGCCUCCACGUUGCAUGAGAUCUAUCUCCCCACGGAGAUAGUCGUGCAGAUUAUGUCCUAUGUCUCCAACACUCCAGAUAAAGCAGAUCGUCGACAGGCAACUCUCUAUGCAUGCUGCCUCGUUUCGCGACAGUGGUACUCAGCCGCCAUCCCAUAUCUCUACGAAAAACCCAUACUACGCUUCGGGUCCUCCUUCAGCCAAUUCGCAGCCACCAUCAGCCCUCCGCUCCAUGUCGCGCGCAAAAACAAGCUGAAGCUCGGCUCCUACGUGCGCCGACUCGAUCUGAGCGGCCUCGUCCAUCACAGCUCUCCGAGCCUAACAGCAAGACUUCUGGGCAAAGUCAAAGAAAAUCUAGUCGUCUUCUCUGCACCGCGUGUAUCAUUUGCAAUCAACAGCCUCCCCGCCCUCUCCAAGUGCACGAAACUCCAAAGCCUGGACCUCUCCCUGGUCGGCGACUCCUUCCCCUUCCUUGAAUUCAAGCGCGCGCUCAGCCACCUCACCAGACUGACGACCCUCCGCCUCCCGCGCACCCACCACCUCACCCCUCCGCCUCCAUCCACCGCACCCUCCACAGCCACAUCCGCGAUCCCGUGGCCCCCGCGCCUCCAGAACCUGCAGCUCACCGGCGACUUCGCGGCCAACCCGGCGCUGGCGCGCUACUUCAGCUGGCCGGCGGCGCUGACGAGCCUGAUCCUGAAAGACUGCAAGGACCUGGACGACUCGCCGCUGACGACGCUGCUCCUCAGCGACCCGACCCUGCCGGCCGCCACGCUGCGCCGCCUCAAGAUCGACCCGUCCAACCGGCUCCCGCUCACCUUCGUCAACCGCCUGCCGCUCACCCUGCCGGACCUCGACUACCUCAGCGUCCCUGGCGACGCCGUCGACUUCACCUUCUUCGAGAACCUGGACGAGCGCGCGCAGCUCCUCCGUCAGCCCGUCGCCUGGCGCACGCUCGAGCUCGACCGCCCGUGCUCCGAGGACACCGCCGCCAGUCUCAUGUACUUCACGCCGGGGACGCUCGUGCACGCGCUGCAGAACGGGCUGGCCCACGUGCGGGCCGUGGGGAUCUCCGAGGCGUGGGAGUUGAAGGGCGGGGAGGUCGAGGAGAUCGAUGCGGUGUUGCGGAGUCGGUUUUCCAAGACAAAGAAACAGCAGCAGCAGCAGAAUAGUCAGAUCGGUGUCGGGGGAAUUCCGUCGCCACCUACAUCUGUUGAUGAGGAUGAAGCUGUUGAUGACGAUGACGAUGCCGAUGCCGACGACGACGACGACGACGACGAUGAUGAUAUCGGUGUCUACUACCUCUGAAACAAAACCCUCUUUCCGAACAUAACAUCCAACAAUCCCCCCCCCGGUAUAAUCCCCUCCAACACACGAUGGUGU